GUCGUCAUUAACCCAUAAAACUCCCGCCAUAUUUCCUAACGUGUUUUGAUCAUUUUUCCAACUUCAAGCAAGUAUGCCUAGCAUAGAAGACUGGAUAAACAACCCAUUAGGAGCCAUUCAAAAUAUAUUUGACAAACAGAAGUCUUUGGACAGCUCUGGAGUACGUGACUACUUUGCUGAGAAGCUUAAAACCAAAAACUCUAUAACAUGGAUUCCCAGCUUGAACGAUACCAGUCUGCAUUCCCUAAAGGCAAACUCGCUUGUACGGUUUCGAUGCAUGGUUCAAGAUAUGUUCGACCCAGAGUUUUACCUGGGCUCUUAUGAAGUUUGUGAUGGAGCAUCAGGGAAUACAUCCAUGCGUUCGGGCAAAUACAAGGAUAUAGCUGAGUGCGGGGCUAACCAAACCAUCAAUGUAGAUUCAGAAAACAACGUAACAAUGGACCGUAUGACGCUUUACUGUGUUCCUGUACCUGGAGAGGUGGAAUGGGUCAAGAAAGUAAACUCAGACAUGAGCAAAGUGAAAACAAAAUGUUAUCCUUCCACAUCAAAGACACCAACUCGCACCAAACGUAACCUUGACGACGACCCAAUGGAGGUGACCCCUGAUCCUAGUAGUGCCCCUGUAGGUCAAUGUCAGGGUUCAGCUACAGGGAGUGGGGACAGUGUUGGGAUGGAAACAGACGGAGGGGAGGCUAAAAGACAGCAGACAAGCGCUACCAGACCAGAUGCAGGUUCCUCACAGGUACCUGACCUAAAUUUCCCACUGCCAGAUGAGAAAGGGCCCGCCUGUCUUGUGAAGGUUUAUGAUGAGAUCGAUGCGUUCAAGGUCAACGAUGUUGUUGAGUUUGUUGGUGUACUCUCCGUGGAUCCAGCCUUAGCUCGAUUUGAUAAUGACAGUGAGGAGUCCAGCCUGCUUGGGGGUGUUGAGGAGAAUCCAGAGGAGGUAUAUGCCCAUGCCCCACCCCCUUCCCUGGUGCCACGCCUCCAUGCUGUGCUUUGUAACCGCCUAUCUCAUGUGAACCCUCUUGUGCCAAAAACAAAGUCUGAGGAUUACAUAACUGUACUUGAGACAAGUCAAGGGGAAAUAACUGCUUUGAGGGAAGAGUUACUGUCCAUAUUGGAACAUUGUUUGCUUGGGGACAGGCUGGCUGCUGAAUACAUACUGUGUUACCUUGUAGCCACUGUGUAUGGCCGUUCAGAUGCUAUCCCUCUGGGCAAGUUCAGUCUAAAUCUGAGCAACACACCGAGGUCAACCUCUUAUGCUGGGCUGCUGCAUUUCCUCAUAUCCAACCUUGUUACUCAAACCUACCUCCUACCUAUGUCACUGGACAAUAUGAACAAACUGGCAUUCUCCCCUAAAAAGGACUACACAGCAAACAGGCUUAAAUCUGGACUCCUUCAACUGGCCGAGCAUACUAAUCUCGUGGUUGAUGAGACAGCCCUAGAGCCUGGGCAACUGGAUGUUAAUGGUGUUCGGAAUCUGUCUGCCCUUGGCAAUAUGAUCAACUGGCAGAAGGUUGAGUAUGAUUUCAACUUCCACAAGCAAGAUUUUCAUUCCAAUGUGCAAGCCCUGGUCCUCUCUGAAGGAAAAUCUUUACUUACGACUGAUUGCCUGCUACCCCUGAAGCAUGGCAACAUUCCUGAAAGCCUGAGGGACCACUUUGCCUUGCUUGACCCACGGCUGACUGAGGACUUUCUUGCUAGGUGUCGGACAUACCUUGGACUGGCAAAACAUAUGGAGUAUUCGCUACCAGAUGAAAUACAGAAGAAAAUUCAGGAAGACUUUGUUAACUUGAGGAAAGAAGACGCAAAGAGCAUGACCGUUGAUGAUUUCCACUCCUUGCUGUGUCUGACAAGAUUGCUUUCCCUAUCUGAGUUGAAAGCAAGUCCUACUGGAGAGAUUUGGAGCCGGGCCAAGACCAUGGAACAACAGAGAAAGCAGAGAGUGACGGGGAUGCCUUCUAGGGAGCAGGCAGUUUGAGGGUGUGUGUUGGAACCAAGUGGUUGACUGAAUAUAAGACUCUUGAAGCUGUGAACUGUCAACAAUGUUUGAUAUAAACAUGAUGCAAAGUGGCCUUGUUUUGAAUACUGUUCUCUGAAUGAAAUACAUAAUUGAGAAAUUGUUAAAACGUUUGGCAAACAAAUGUAUGUUUACUUGUGUUUCAAUAUUAUGUUUGGUUUUACAAACUUGAUAAAAUGGAGGACAGUGAAACAUAAAAUAUUAUGAUCAUGGAGAGAUAAACCAUUUAUAGUUUAUAUGUCUUUACAAAAUGAUAAUUUGAGACAGAUAAUGAUAAUUUGAGACUGAUGAAAGUCUCUUGUCAGUUGUCGAAAAACUGCAAUGAUCACAAAGUACUUCAGAAAUAGAAUGUAUUUGUGUUAGAAGAAUAUGGUAAAAGGUUAAUUUACCAACAGUCAAAGAGUGGACAUCUUUAAUCUUAUAUGGACUCUCUCACAUUUUAUAGGUUCAGAUUUUGAAAUAUGAAAGUGCUAUGUGAGAAAAUACUUUAUCAGUGAUUCAAAAAUGGAGUAUAAUUGUUUGUUUCAGUGUGUGAUCGUAAUUUAUUUCAGGGAGUGAGCACCAAAAGAUAUUCAUAUUAUUAUAUGCCAAAAUUGAAGUUAAAAGUAAUUUAUUUUCACCUUUUUAGGAAAAAAAAACACCAAUUUGAAUGCGCACCAAUUUACAUGUGCACGUAACGUAAUGUCAUUUCAGAAAAUUCGUAGAAAUUGUGUCCCCACCCUGUGUGGACAAUUGUUUUCAAACUGGGGGCUGGCUAAAAUUCAAAAGAGUAAAAAUAUGAAUAUGAUAUUUCCACUGUUUCAAACAGUGAACUAUCAAUUUUAUUUCAUUGAUAAAUCCUAUAGACCACCAGAAAACAUAUGAUUAUAGGUAAUAUUAUAUUAGUUGACUGAUAUGUUGGGUUGCAUCACUCGCCGGCAUAAAGUUCACGAGAAAAAGUCAAGUGGGAUGUUUCUUUAGGCAAUCUGAUAGAUCAACCGACGAACAUAGUAUUUCGUUUAUUUCAUACCUUAAAAGUUUUUUUGAAAAAUAAAUGAUAAAAGUUUUCUUUUGAAAAGCAUUUAAUUUUGAGAAACAUGGCCUAUUUCUGUUACAUAGUAUUACAGGGGUAGAUGUGUGCAUGCGCGCAAGGCUACUGUGAGAUACGGAAUCGAAAAUCUGUGUAAAACAAAUAUAUUUUCCACUUUCCAUAUUUAAAGUCUUCCAAUAAUUUAGACAGAAAUUUAACACCUGUAUGAAAUUAAUUGUUAUAUGAUAUUGAAUUAAGACAUUUUGACGGAUACAUUCAUUGUAUUGGAAAGAGAUGCUAAAAUACAUCAGAAUUUUGUGCACGUUACCUUGAUAAUGAAGAUUGAAAAGUACAUGUACAUGUUUAUGACAAUAAUUUUUGUGUUUAUACAUGUUAAUGUGUAUGUUAGUGUACGGAUUAUGUGCCUUAUGUGUAAAUUUGUCUUCCACUUUAUAGUGUUAAAAAAAUGAUAUUAUGUAAAGAGUGUUAACUAAGUACUGCAAGUAUUAUACUUCGUAAAAAAGUUCAAUGAUGUCAUCAGUGGCUGUGUUCAUAAAGCUUCUUAAUAGUAAAACUGCUCUAAUUUAAACAAAGAAAAUUUCAAAUAUUGCUCAUCAAAUUUAUUCUCAUUCCCAUUUAUUAUUUUGACCUUUUUCUUGCAUUCUUUCAUAUUUUUGUUGCAAAAACAUAGUUUAUUUUCUUUAAAUUCAACUGACAAAAAAGCCAUUUUUUCACUACCGGGUAAGUUGAUUUUUAUGCCCCCAAAGGUGGGCAUAUUAAAAUCGCACCGUCCGUCCGUCCGUCCGUCCGGCUCUGUAACUUUCCCUUGUAUGAACUGAUUUUAAAAUAACUUGCCACCUGUGUUCUACAUACCAAGACGACGUGUGGCGUGCAAGACUCGUGUCCCUACCUCAAAGGUCAAGGUCACACUUAGUGUUUAUUCACAAUGGAGUGCUGCAUAUAAGGACAUAGAGUAUAGGUUGUCGUGUCCGGGCUGUAACUUUCUUUUGUAUGGACAGAUUUUAAAAUAACUUGCCACAUGUGUUCCACAUACCAAGACGACAUGUCGCCUGCAAGACCCGUGUCCCUACCUCUAAAGUCAAGGUCACACUUAGUGUUUAUUCACAAUGGAGUG